ACGGGGCGGUGGCGCGGGCGGCGCCGUUGGUUGGUGCGCGGCUGGAGGGCGCGGCGCUGGCGGCGCCGAUGGAUGGGCACUGCGGGCCGGGCCAGGCCAUGGCCUUGCUGCUGUGCCUGGGCAUGACAGCGGCGCUGGCCCGGGGCUGCCUGCACUGUGACCCCAAAUUCUCGGAGAAGUUCUCCUUCUACCGCCACCACGUGAACCUUAAGUCCUGGUGGGUGGGUGACAUCCCCGUGUCGGGAGUGCUGCUCACCGAGUGGAGCCAGAACACGAUGAAGGAGCUACACCUGGCCAUCCCCGCCGAGAUCACCCGAGAGAAGCUGGAGCAAGUGGCAGGAGCCGUGUACCAGAGGAUGGACCAGCUGUACCAGGGGAAGAUGUACUUCCCAGGGUAUUUCCCCAAUGAGCUGCGGGCCAUCUUCCGGGAGCAAGUGCGCCUCAUCCAGAACGCCAUCAUAGAGAGCCGCAUCGACUGUCAGCGUCACUGUGCAACUGCACAGACUCACACGUCAUCUGCUUUGGCUAUUACUGCAAGUAUGGCUGAGCCACCUAGCCCACUGCCCCUGGGGUCCUGGGAUCGUCACCCGGGCAGCAAGGGGUUCUGGGCCUCGGCGAUACCCCACCGGCAAGCAAGCCCUGUGUUCCCCCAGGUCAUCGGCACAGUGGCAGUCAGCUGUACAGGGUCUUCUGAGUUACAUACAUGCCUGGCACCAGUAAGUUCCUGCUCGAAUCCAUCUCCAGUUUUAUCGGAGACAGUGUGUGUGUGUGUGUGUGCGUGCGCGCGCGCACCUUACGGUGAGGUUUCGAAGCUUACAGAGGCCCAGGAGGACCUUGCUCCCUGCCCCGUCAAGGGUCUCCAAGCUCAGCUGGAGGAAGGGGGCAGACCAUUCUGGCUGAAGGGUCUUCUUAAAGCCCAGGGCUACCCUGAGUUGGUGGCAGACCUGGAGGGUCUGACUGGGGCCCCAUUCUAUUUCAGUCAGGAUGUAGGCAGGAGAACCAUCCCCGCCUUCCUUUCACCGACCAUAAAGUGUCUGGAACCACCGCACCUGGCUAACCUGACCUUGGAAAACGCCUCUGAGUGUUUGACCCAGCACUGACCGUGGCUGCUGGCCCCCAGCCUGGACGGGGGCCAAGGACUCAACUGCACUGUCGUAGCCUGUUCCUCUGGAAGAGGCUAGCCGCUGCCUGCCUGGGGUCACCCCUACGGAGCCCAGGCUGGGCCGGGGCAGGGGAGGGCAGGGAGAUGGGCUUGUGUAUAGAUAGCAGGGCCCCCAGGCAGGGCCCCCAGAGAUAAUUUGAUUAAAGUGCUCUCACAUUUC